UUCUGUUACCAGCUGAUGACUUUUGGAUCUUCUGUCUCUCUCACACCCAGCUCUGGGGAAACGCAGGCGAAUGUCUGAGGAUGGGGCUGAGCCUAAAUCCAAACGGUCAAAGCGAGAGCUCUCAGACCAGGAGCUCCCCCCAGAUGAUGGCAUUUACUGGCAGGUGAAUUUCGAGCGGUUUCACCAACACUUCCGGGAUCAAGCGAUCGUGGCUGCAGUCAACAGCAAACUCGACCAGACCAGCAGUGAGAUUGUACGGACAAUGCUGAGAAUGAGCGAGGUGACCACAUCCUCCAGCUCCUCCCACACACAACCACUCUCUUCCAAUGAGAUAUUCCGGGCUUUUCCUCCUGGCUACAACCUGUCGAAACCGGUGCUGGACCAGUACCUGACCCUCCUCAGUGAUGACCCGAUGGAGUUUGUCGGUAAAUCAGGCGAUAGUGGCGGUGGGAUGUUUGUCAUUAACAUUCACCGUGCCCUUGCUUCACUUGCACGAGCCACAGUGGAGUCUGUCGUACAGGAAAGGUUUGGGUCACGGUCAGCUCGAAUUUUCCGACUACUUUUCCGCAAACGACACUUGGAGCAGAAACAAGUUGAAGAUUUUGCGAUGGUUCCUGCCAAAGAGGCCAAGGAGAUGAUGUAUCGAAUGCUAUCAGAGAACUAUAUCUCCCUUCAGGAAAUUCCUAAAACACCAGAUCAUGCCCCCUCUAGAACCUUCUAUCUGUACACAGUCAAUUUACUGCCAACAGCUCGCAUGAUUCUACAGCGGUGCUACAAGACUGUGGUCAACCUGAUCGAUCGUCGAGAGUACGAAACCCGAGAGAACAAGCGGUUGCUGGAGAAGUCCCAGAGAAUUGAAGCCAUCAUGGCGUCGAUGCAGGCGACUGGUGCAGAGGAGCAGCAGCUCCAGGAGAUCGAGGAGAUGAUCACAGCUCCUGAGCAACAGCAGCUGGAGACACUAAAACACAACGUCAACAUGUUGGAUUCAAGUGAGAAUCAGGUAGAUGAGACCAUAUUUAUCCUGGAAUCGUACAUAAACACAACUCGGAUUGAGAAGGAGGUGCCAAGCAAACGGUGAUGAGAUCAACCUGUCAGAGACUAGCUAUAGUUCCUCAGUGUUUCACUGAACGUGUGGUUAUACUGCAGUGAGUUGAUAAUGUGGCAGUCUGCACAAUGGAGAAGACAGUUUUAUGAGCUGCCUGUGUAAAUCCCAAUGUUUUAGGUUCUAUGUUGUCAAGUUAAUUUAAUAAAUGACAUACUGUCGUUAAUGUGAA